GCGCCAACGAUUCACUUGUUAGUUCUUAUAUCACCUCCACGUUAGGCAGCCUUGAAGCGUACUCAUUCCUGACUUGCAACAUCGUUUUGAGGAAAAAUUUCUCACAUAUCACUUUAAUUUGACGAACAUGACGACAAGAAGAGCGAAACGCGAAGCUGUCGAGAAGCUGCAGCCACCCGUGAGUUGUUAAAGCAUAUUUCUUCUUUUUCUCUCCUCACACUUUAUCUGACUUUAUCAGGAUGCUCGGUGUUAUCUUACAUGAGACAUGUCGAGGACUUUCAACCAACUUAAGAUAGUUUUAAGAAAACUGAGUAGACCUAAGUAAAGUAUUACUUAAGACGAUAGUAAGUUGUGUGCUUGUGUUCCACUUUCGCCGAAACGUAUUUAGAGUUUAUGUUCUAAUACACACUAUCUCCCCAAACUUGUUGAUAACCUAACUGUAAUGUACUUUUCACAGGCAUUGACCCCUGAAGACCCAGAAGACCCGGUCCGAAGAUCCUCACGAAGCGUGCUGACCCCGAAACGCCUCAAAUACUCUCCCGAGAACAGCCCUCCACAAACCAAGAAGAAAACAGUAAGAGACGCUAGAUAUUAAAAGGCAGUUUACAAAAAAGUCAGCUUUUUUGGUGUGUAAAUGUGCUCAUAUGUGUUUUUGAUAGAGCACCAAAAUCAACAAUGUCAAAGACGGAGAGAAGAAACAAAAAGACAUUAAAAAGGAAGAGGAGGAUGUCGAAAACAGUGAUGUGGAGCACCCAUCUGUAAGUAUAAAACUACAGAUAUAACACAUACCACUAUGCUGUUUCAUGAUUAAAAGACAUGAACAUAAAAGUACAUUUAUUCAGUAGAUCCCCUGUAACCAAAUCAAGUGUGUACCAAAUGUUGUGUAAGACAAAGAUUUUGCAUUCUUGUGUUUUUUAGGUUGGACACAGAGAACUCUCAGAAUAUGAGCUGAAGCGGCUGGAAAACAUCAGACAGAAACAAGCUUUCAUGUCCUCCAUCAACAUAUUCCAGGUGCGUGUUGACUUCUCAUGAAUCCAGCAUAAUUUUGCUUCAGUUCUAGAUAACAUUCACUGACGAUUAAAUUUGUCACAGCUCUGACAUUUCAUUAUUUUCCACUUUUAUAUAGAUCAUUAAUUCUUCCCAGUCUUACUGAAUAAAAAUAUAGACACAAGAUCUUAUGCUCUACUGUUUUUUUCUUUGUCCAAAGGCUGCUGAGGAGUUGAAGCAGUUGGCACGACCAAAGCCAUCGCAGAGAGGUCUCAUGAGGUAAAAUCAUGUCAUGGUUCCUACUGCCACCUUACUUUUGGGAACCAGUAACUUUGACUGUGUUGAAUCAGGGUUAGAGUGAUGAGUGACUUGAUUGAGUUUUAGUAAUUACCUCUUUUAAAUGCACAUUAUGCUUAAUCGUUCAGGUUAUUAUACCAAAAUCCACAUGAACCAUUAGGAAAAACUUCAUACGUAGCACAAGUGCUGUUGGCGUCAUCAUAAUGCUCACGGUCCCUGGUUGCAGGUCUCACGCUGUUGUGAAGGAAGUGCUGCCAGCUAGAAAGUCUCUUCGUCUCCAAAAGAAAGAGGCUGAUAUCUUGACCCUUCCUCCUGAACCCAAAGGGACGCUUGGCUUUGUAGAGGUGGCUGCAUAUCAAUAAUUUCAAAUACAAAAUAAUUUAUCAAUCCUUUUCAUACUCCCCUCUUUCUUUCUAACUCAUCUAAUUUCACAUUUACUUUACUUUUAAAGUUCACUCCUUCUAAGAAGCCCUCUGGCCCUUUACUAAUGGACGCCAUCAACACGGAGGAAGGGAGCAAGCUGCCAUCAGACCUUUUCACGCUCUGCUCAGAGGUAGGGCCUAGUUCUUUUUUUCGUGUAUAAUGUUUUUUUUAGAGCAUUUUUAAUAAACUCGACAGGUGUGCCAGUAACAUCUAAAAUUGGUUGUAGGUUUCUGAUUUUGAAUAUACUUGAGCCUAGUAUGAAUUCUUGUUCAACUAUAUUGUUGAUUUACAUUUUAAAAGUGUUUUUUCUUUUUCUUUCUAGGAUUCAACACAAGAGAAAAAGACCAAACUUGACCUGAAAGAGUAAGAUGUUUCUUUCAUGGAUCUGUUUUCCGAACUACUCCACCUCAGAGGUUUUGAAUUUUUUAUUUGCAAACAGGCAGUGGCAUAAACACUUUACUUCUGAUACGCAGGUACCGCUCAGCCCUGAAAAAUAUGAGGAUAUCUGAGGAGAAAGUGGCCAAAGUGGUGAAGGACCGCAUCUUCUCAGCUGCCUUUCACCCCUGCUCCAGCAGCCUUGUCAUGGCAACUGGAGACAAAUGGGGGAAAGUGGGACUGUGGAAGCUGGUGAGUCCUUUUAGCUGGUCCAUGGUUUGUAUUUUUGAUCACAAAAGGUCAGAAGACAACAGACUACACAUUUAAAAUACUUAAGCAACUUAGAAGAUUCCUAAACUCAUUGGAAAAAUAUGUGCCACUGAAAAAGAUGUCAUUGGGACUGUAUUCCUGGUACAAGGCAAGACUGAAGCUCAAUAAUCUUUUGAGAUCAGCCCACUAGAAAAUACAAAUACUGGAGCACAAUUGAAAGGAAACUUUUUUUCAAUUUAUACCCUAGAAGAUCUUACAUUUAGAAAUGGUGUGAAAUGAUUGUUAAGAAACCAUGUGUGCAUUUCUUGAAGGGGGGUGACUGGGGCGAUGACGGCGUCCUGCUCUUCCAGCCUCACACCCGUCCAGUGGGCUGCAUGGCGUUCUCCAAAGCUCGUCCCACUCAGCUGCUGAGUCUCAGCUAUGAUGGAUCUCUGCGCUGCAUGGAUGUAGAGAAGGCUGUCUUUGAUGAUGUGAGAGAACUGGCAUUAUAAGCGUCAUAAUGAGAAUUUAAAACUAAUUUUCAAAACCUCCUUUUCCAUUAAUCACUCUGUUUUUAUUUCUGUUUUCUCUUAGGUGUAUGACAUUGAUGAUGGUCUGAAAACAUUUGAUUUUAUGUCACAUGACUGCUCCAUACUAGUGGUUGGGACCUGGUACGGAGACGUCGCCAUUGUGGACAGGCGCACACCAGGGUAAUAUAUUGUUGAUAAGUCAUACAGAAUGAUAGAUGUUUAUCUUUUACACAGUAUGGGUGCACCAUUUGAACCUUAGUUUAUCAUUAACCUGAAUGUGCUGCUCUUGAAUUCUCAUUUUCUCUUCAGAAACUCACACGAGUCCCUUCACUCUGUGGACCCCAAGUCACUGCGCUGUGUCAGUGUCCACCCACUACAAAAGCACUACUUUGCUGUGUCAGAAAACAAGUACGUCUAAUGAGAGAUUUAAUUUCACCUUGUAUGAAUAUUUUACAUCCACACGUUCUUUCUUUUAUCUUCUGUUUCAAAGAUUUUACUGAGUCUGUUUUGAUCUGGCCUCCAGGGUUGUGAGCAUUUAUGACAGCAGGUGCCUUAAGAAGACAAAGAGCCAGGCAGUCUCCCAGCUGCAUGGACACUCUUUGAGCAUUUCCAGCGCCUAUUUCUCCCCCUCCACAGGAAACCGAGUCCUAACCUCCUGCAUGGACAACAACAUAAGGUAACACCAGCUCCGCACUCAAAAUGAUUGUUUAAUACUUGUUUAGUUUCCCUGGCGAUUCUCACUUUCUACCCUGAACUCUUUUGACAGAGUAUACGACACAUCGUCUAUGACUUCAAGAUCUCCUCUGCUUUCAUCCAUCAGGUUAUAUAUAUUUUUAUGUUUUGGCAUCUAUCCUCAUCUUUUGUUUUUUUUCUUUGGGGCUCAGGAAACCUGAGAAUUCUCACAGCUUAUUUUACCAAUCUCCAUUUUCAGACAUGACAUGCACACGGGCCGCUGGCUGACCAAACUGUCAGCAGUGUGGGACCCAAAACGGGAAGACUGCUUCGUGGUGGGGAGUAUGUCCAGACCUCGGAGGGUGCAGGUAUUCCAUGAAAGCGGCCAGCUUCAGCACUCCUUUAUGGAUGAAGAGAACUUGAGCACAGUUCUGUCUGUUGCUCUUUUACACCCAACGAGGAAUGCUUUGGUGGGCGGCAACGCGUCAGGGCGUCUGCAUGUCUUCUCUGACUGAGAUUGGGACCAAAAUCUGUUGUCCUGACCCCAGAGGGACAGCUAGAACCAUUUACAGUGUAGAUGUCCCUCUGGGGUGUAUCACCACUGGAAAUGUACUGUGACACUGUUGUUGGGACCAAAACGCAAUAUGGUCAAAAUUUAACUACUAUAGGAAAGCAACACACAUCACCGUAAUGUAAGAUACACUCAGUCACUAACUGGAGAAAUGUUAAACUUAAGGUUCUGUAAGGUUACUGAUAAGCUAAGAGCAAACACAUUAACUUUGAUGAUAAUAUUUGAAUUCUCUGCCUAGUUUUAACAACAAAACGAAUUGUUUUCUAUAGUAGAGAGGGUUAAAAUAAUCAGAGACAUGCAUCUUACAGUGUAAAUUCUGUCAAAACUUGAUACAGCAUCUGUAAAAUAACAUCUAUGCCCCUUUUACGUCUUAUCUUCUAACAGUGACAACAACUUAGUUUUGUUUUUUUCUUUAAUAUUCAGGAAAUAGUGACUCGUCUUCCGCUUAUCUUAAAUAUCAAAUACUAGUUCCUACAAGUUCAGGUCUCCUCUGUUUGUUGUGCCAGAAGAUUGACUCGUCAGUGUUUCUCCUGUGAGUGGUGCGUCACAUUGAUUGUGUUAAAGUUUAAGACCAUCUUUUUUUUUUAAAUCAGAUUCCUGGGAGCUGGAUGGAGACUCUGUUUUUCAGUCAGAAAUCAGAAAUCCAGUAAGGAGAGAACACAGAACAGACCCUGGCGGUAAAUGUGACGAGGUUUUUCACAUAUUUCAUAAAACUCCUUUUGAUACUUCCUGCACCAUCAGCUUCUCAAAUUCCCGAAGUCUUAAAGAGAAACCAGAGCAGCUCCUUUAUAUGGGAUAUCUGUGUAUUUUAGUUGAAAGGGCUUCAUUGUUAAAGUUCCUGAUAGAAGGUUGCGUUUGUUUUUUUUUUUAUAUGUUUAAGUUUGUACCUGUAGCUACUGAAGCAAAAACAAUAAAUAUGGAGAUUUUUUAACAAAACAUUUUAAGUGUCAGUUUUGUUAAUUACAGCGGCUGUUUUUCCACUUUCACCACAAGAUGGCAGCAUUGUAGCAUAUUACCAUGGGACAGAAAGACCAGUGUGUGUGUGCUGGUGUUGACUGUUUAUUUUUGGUGAAUUUACGAUUGAAUUUGUGGCCACACUGGCUGCCAGAUGUCAAGAAUAGAUUAUAUUUAUUCAUAAAUAGAUUACACCAGUCUCCAGUGAGUGAUUGGAAAUAAGCAGUCUCGUCGGGAGGUAAUAAAUGCAGAACACAUGCUUACAGAGACAUCUCCUUGUGCAGGGCCAUGUUACAGGAAGGACGUUUACAUCUGAACCUUGUUCCUGUUUACAUGAAUCAGUAAAAUGAGUACAAGAGAUGCCUGUCAGUAGAGCUGUCACCCUUCAUUAUCACUGCAGGUUCAAGUGAUCAGAAACAAAUAAUGAUACCAAAAACAGAACUGCACCGCAAGACAGAAAGAGUCAGGUAGUUAAGUCUGCUACUUCUGCUUCAGGAACAAAAAAGCGAAGAAACAAAAAUCUAGAGUCGAGGAAAAAUGCCUCCUCUGUUGUAUGUGUUGAGAUCGUUCACAUAUAUUUUCACACAGAAAUAAACACAGACUCCAUCUCUACAAAGUCUGAAAAGCAGGACUGAAAAACACAAAGAUAAAUCAAAUGAACAGACAUCCCUUCUUGAUAUGACACAUAGCAGAGAAAUCUUUCAGACUGUGGGUUUCCAGGUCUCAGGCACCACUCCCUGAACACAUGCAUCUACAGGCUGGUGUACCUGCUGUUGGGAUUCAAAAGUCAUUUUGUAGAAACAUUAGUUUACAGUUAAUUGUUAUUUAAACUCAUUCAUUACCUGUUAUAUUUAUUGCUUAAAUUUUGUUCUUUCUUUAUACAUAGGAACUACAAAUAGGUCUUAUAAUAAAGUACAAAUUACAGGAAGUAGAAGGUCAAUCCGUACCUGUCUAGACUUUUGCUUCAUACAUGAUCCCCUUCCACCAACAACAUCAAUCAAAAACCAUCGAUCACAGUCUGAAUAAGAGCAAGUACCUUAUGAAAACCAGCCAUAAAUGUACAUAUAUGAGUGUUUCUGAAUCUGAAAUCAUCAGUAUGGUACAAAAAGUAAUCACUUAAAGUAAGAUGUUUAAUUCUUUAAGUUUUCUUUCACAAUUUAACUUUAUAAAAGGAGACAGCUAUUCUUGAAGUAACUUUCCGACCGCCCACACUGGCACCUCCUUUCCGCUUAGCCCUCAGCCAAUCACUUUUCUCCUCCACAUCAACACAUCUAUUUGAUUAGUGACCAGCCAACAUUUCCACUGGCACACACUGACAUAUGCACAGUCUAACUAGCUACUUGAAAGAUUGUUCGAAAGACCAACAGUCACAGACCGACUCGUAUACUAAAGCUGUUGAUUUCUCUGUGCUGUAAAGACACACUGCAGGUAAAAUAACACAUACUUGAUAAUAAGGCUGGAGGAGGACAGCUGGCUAUCUACAGAGUCCAUCUGUUGACGCAAACCGACACAAACAUCAGACGACAGAGGUUUCUUUGGUAGGCGUGAUGAAGCAAAUCGCAGUAGGACGUAAACACGACUCAUCUUAAGCUCUCUUAUAAGCAGGGCUGAAAAAAAAUAACGUUUCAUGUGCAUUCAGAGUCACUGCGAGGAAAUCUAUGUCGAGAUGAGUUUUCAAGUUUUUUUUUUUACAGAAAUGGGAACAUAGUUGACAUAUAUUCACGGUUCACAGAGAGACGCAAAAGUCCUAUAACAGCAGGGCAAAACAAAGAUAUAUUACCUUCACUUAGCAUGGCUCUUCAACCAAAACAAGCUCAUUAACUGUAUGCUGGGGGGGAAAUAACACUCAUUUUUGCACUUAACAAAGGUCAAACAAGGUCAAAUUCUCCUUAAUGAAAAGGAUCUUGGCUUUUUACUACUAACAGUAUUGCACAUCAAAGGUAAACUCCUUCUACGGAGUGCAGGAGUCAAAGAUCUACCCAAACACUUCACUAUCACUACAGUGCUAGCUCACAUAGUCCCACCCUGUUUAUAACUACUGUAAAAGAAACUACAGCGAAGGGACGACACUUCCUGACACAGCUGAUUGUAGCUAUUAGCAUUAUUUGGCUCCUAUGGUAAAGUCAGUAAAGUUACCACCUCCUUAUAGCCUUACAGUUUCGUCUUAAUUUAAAGUCAGUGGAUGAUGAAGCUUUGCAGGACAGACGUGGCGUCAUAAGCGCUGACGUUUAAAAGACAUCUGGCCACAAAUAAAGUCACACUCAAUACAAAAAUAAUUAUUAAAUCUAACAGCCCUGGGUCAGCUACUGCAACUAAUUCUUAGCAUUUAAUAAAACAAAUGUAGGGCAACACCAGGACAACUCAGAUAGGUUUUCAAGGUGCUUUUCUCACUCACUUGUGUCAGGUUUUAUGGAUAUGUAAGAACUUUUCUUUAACACAAAGAGAAAAUCCUUCGACUCGGGGAUGUAUACAUUCAAUAAGUGCUGCUUGGUUUCUCAUUUCACACUUUCUCUGACCCCCUGAUUCCAGCACAACUCAAACAGCAGUCUCCAAUCUCACAGCAGCGGCCAUAAUAACAUUUAUCCAAAUGAAUAUAGUUAUUUGCUUUGAAGUAUGGAAAUCGGAUGAGCUACAAUGGCCUCUCUCUCCGAACUUUACUCAGACUCUCAAGUCACACAACACACACCCCGACGCAUCACACUCUUCUUUCCCCUUUACAACAAUGUUGCAACAUAUAAUUUAAUACAAAAAUAAAGGCAACUAUUAUCUGUGGUUGAAGAAGUGAAGUCUGUUCGGAUGAAACCCUGUAACUGUGAUUUUCCGUAAAAAUAAAACGCCUUGAAAUGACCUGAAUUCCAAAGUAAAAUGUGGUUUUCUUCCUCGCAGUGAUGGUCAAACAUGUUACACCAGGAUUUUCAGGGGACAGUCCGUGGCUUUUGACAGGAACUUCAUUCUGGGAGAAGUUGGUUUCAUAUUUGGACUUGGGUUGCCAUCCUUUCCAUUCUCUUUCUCCUGACCUGUCAGUUUUUUCGUGUCUCCAUCAGUGGAGACUUGUGUUGUGUGUCCUCCAGUCUCUGCAUUUCUGCCUCACUUGCUGAUGAGGAAACCUCCCAUCCAUCGUAGCUUACAGGCGAACCAGCGCCGAAGAGGGCAGAAGUAUUCAAAGUGGAACUGCUGGAAUUCAGGCGUCUUACGGAUGUCUCUCAGGAAGGCAAUGUCCAGGUCUGACUCUGUGAGCAUGAUGAGGAGCAGCAGCAGGACAAACAGCAGUCCGAUGGUGACCAGGAACAGACGUAAGACACUCAGGAUGAACUUGUUCAGCUCCUCCACAUCACUCGAUGAAGACUGCUUGCCUUUCCCCACGCGCAGUCCCCUCCUGCCAGAAAACUCUGUCCCCUGUCCCUCUUUUGAUGUCCCCGCCUGUGACUCCUUUUCCUCAUCAAUGCUGCAGGGAGCGCCGUUCAAGUGUCGAGCAGACGCCAUCUCCAUGCCGUGUUCUGCCACAGGUGUGGGCAGCACGCUGUCUGAGGGGCUGUAGGCCUCGUCUGAGAUGACUGCCGAUGUGCUUGCCUCGCUGCCAUCCACCAUCUGGCCCCGAGAAGACAUGAAGGAGUCGCCAUGGGAGACGGAACGAACAGGUGUGGAGUGGGCGCUGUCUCGAAGGGACUCCAGACC